CCAAUUCCAAACCAUUAAGAAUUGUGACAAAAUAGCCCAGUAAAUAUGGCUGCCGAUAGUCUUUGGAAGAAACAUUUCUUGCUUUGCCUCUUAGGGGCAUUGGCCCUUUGGCAAGGAGUUGAAUGUCUCAAACAUUCCAAGCCUCCUCUACUGCCACGCAUAGUAGGAGGAAGCUUUGCCAAAUUAGGACAAUUUCCCUAUCAGGUUGCUCUGUUGUACAACAACGAACAUUUAUGUGGUGGUUCCAUUAUCUCUAAGGAAUAUAUUAUCACUGCUGCUCAUUGCGUGGUCUAUCAAUACACCAAAACUCGUUUACCUGUUACUUCAUUGAGCAUUCGAGCUGGCAGUCUUUCACCCAUCUUUGGCGGUCAACAAGUGGGAGUGGCAAACAUAACCAUUAAUCCUGCCUACGAUUGGUUCCAUCAUGACAUUGCUGUGCUCAAAUUGUCCGAACCUUUGGAAUUCAACGAGAAUGUGCAAGCCAUAGCUUUGGCCAAUGCCGACCCACCAUCAGGUGUGCAAGUCUCAACCUCAGGUUGGGGACGCACCAGUACCUAUGGCCCCUUUGCAACACUUUUGAAAAAUCAUACCUUAACCUCGUUGACCAGAGACGAUUGCGAAAAAGAAUCAAAACGUUUUGUACCGAAGAGUGUCAUCUGCCUUAUGGGCGGCGAUAACAACGGCAUAUGCAAAGGUGAUUCUGGUGGUCCAGCUGUCUAUAACAAUACCUUGGUGGGAGUGGUGAACUACUAUAACAAAGGCUGCGGCGUAGAACCCGAAGGAUUUGCCAGCAUAAAACAAAAUCGUGGUUGGAUCAGAGACAAUAGUGGUGGUAUUUAAAGUCUUCAAGGUCUCUCUAUUUUCAACAUAACAAUGUUUUUGUAUAACAAAUAAAACCAAAGGCUUAAAACGGGCUAAUAAGAAAA